CAAAAUCAACAGAACACUUUCAUCUCAGCAUUCGACUCAAAUCAAAUGCCCAGAGAACUCAUCACCAUCUCAGCUGGUCAGGCCGGUAAUCAAAUCUCAUCUGAAUUCUGGCCACAACUUUGUGCAGAACAUGGAAUCUCACCUACCGGUUUACUUUCACCACCACCCAUCCUGUCUAAUCCAUCAAACACAAGCUCACUUGAUUCAACCGCACCAAACGAUCGAAAAGAUGUUUUCUUUUAUCAAGCAGAUGAUGAUCAUUAUGUACCAAGAGCGAUUAUGAUUGAUUUGGAACCUAGAGUGAUCAAUACGAUUCUUUCAAGUGAGUAUAGUAAAUUGUAUAAUCCAGAAAACGUUUAUUUGAGUAAGGAUGGAGGAGGAGCAGGAAAUAAUUGGGCAGCAGGGUAUUCAUCUGGUGAAAGGAUUUAUGAAGAAGUGAUGGAUAUGUUGGAUAGAGAAGCCGAUGGAAGUGAUUCAUUAGAAGGUUUUAUGUUGUUACAUUCGAUUGCUGGAGGUACGGGUUCAGGUUUAGGUUCUUAUUUACUUGAAAGACUUUCAGAUUCGUAUCCUAAAAAACUAGUUCAAACUUAUUCAGUUUUUCCAAAUAGUCAUGAUUCUUCUGAUGUAGUGGUACAACCUUAUAAUUCACUUUUAGCUAUUAAACGAUUGGUCAAUCAUGCCGAUUCAGUAGUUGUUUUGGAUAAUGCUGCAUUAGCUAGAAUCGUUUCUGAUAAAUUACACGUCUCUAGUCCGACUUGGCAACAAACAAAUCGAUUGGUCUCUACAGUCAUGUCAGCUUCAACCACCACACUUCGGUAUCCUGGUUAUAUGAAUAAUGAUUUAGUAGGAAUGAUUGCAAGUUUGAUACCCACACCCAGAUGUCAUUUUCUUAUGACAGCUUAUACACCUUUCACUAGUGAUCGAGAUGGAGUAGAAGAAGCCAAGAGUGUUAGGAAGACGACGGUUCUAGAUGUGAUGAGAAGAUUAUUACAACCAAAGAAUCGAAUGGUCUCUACCGGUGCAACGAUUAACAAAUCGGCUUGUUAUAUCUCUAUCCUUAAUAUCAUUCAAGGUGAGGUCGAUCCGACGGACGUUCAUAAAUCACUCUUACGAAUACGUGAACGACAUCUUGCGAACUUUAUACCUUGGGGUCCUGCUUCAAUUCAAGUAGCCUUAACGAAAAAAUCACCUUAUAUUCAAACACCACAUCGAGUUAGUGGAUUAAUGUUAGCAAAUCAUACAAGUAUCACUUCACUCUUUCGACGUACAUUAGAUCAGUAUGAUCGAUUACGUAAACGGAAUGCAUUCUUAGAUCAAUAUCGUAAAGAAAACAUCUUUGCAAAUGGACUAGAAGAGUUUGAUGAAUCUAGAGAAGUACUUCAAGAAUUAAUUGAUGAAUAUAUUGCAGCUGAAAGUCGAGAUUAUGUGAGUUAUUCUGAUGGACCUAAAGGUAGUGGGGAUGAUCAUCGAGCUCCUUCUUAAUUGAUUUGUCAAUAUUCAUUCUAUCUUGUUAUCGAAAUUGGUUUGAUGUGUUGUUUGUUUCUGUUGUUAUCUACCUACAAGGUUUUGUGGAGUUUUAUGGUAAAUUAUGUGGGUUUGGUAGAUCCGUUAUAUGAACAGUGUAAAUGAUUCUUGAAUUCAGUUAGUAGAAGCUUUAUGACG